UGUGUGUGUGUCACAGGGAAACAAACCAGCUGAGAGCUUUGCAAGGGUUCGAGGGUCAUCAAAACAAGACAAGCUUCUUGAGUUUCUUCAGCAAGAGAGAUGUUUUUGCCUAUUAUAUUAGCUCUCUGGUUAGGACUAGCUUUGGCUUUUCUUCUCCCACACUUUUUUGCGAAACAAGAGCUUCCAAACUUACCUCCUGGUAACAUGGGAUGGCCCCUUUUGGGGGAGACUAUUGGCUUCCUCAAACCCCAUAAAUCAAACUCUUUAGGGAGCUUCUUACAAGAGCAUUGCUCUAGGUAUGGGAGGAUUUUCAAGUCCCAUCUAUUUGGUUCACCAACCAUAGUUUCCUGCGACCAUGAACUCAACAUGUUUAUUCUUCAGAAUGAAGAGAAGCUAUUUCAAGCCAGCUACCCCAAGCCCAUGCAUGACAUCCUUGGCAAGCAUUCUUUGCUUAUUGUGUCCGGAGACAUUCACAAGAAGAUUAGGAGCUUUGCUGUCAGCUUUGUCGGCAUGUCCAAGUCAUCACCAGAGUUCCUUCAUUCUGUAGAGACUCUGACAAUCUCAAUGAUGGAUUCAUGGAAAAACUGUAAAGCAGUCUCGUUUUACAAAGAAGCUAAAGUGUUUGCACUUAAUACCAUGAUGAAGCAACUUUUGAGUAUUAAACCAGAGGAGCCAAUUGCCUCGACCAUAUUAGAAGACUUCGAGACUUUCAUGACAGGUUUUGUGUCUUUGCCUCUAAAAAUCCCUGGGAGCGCUUAUUCCAAAGCUGUGAAGGCUAGAGCAAGACUUUGUUCCACCGUGAAAGGAAUCAUAACAGAGAGGGAAGAAAGGAAUGUGGGGGUUACAGGAGGAGACUUCUUAGAUGGGAUUUUGUCAAAUCAAAGCCUAAGCUAUGACGAGAAAGUAAGCAUUGUAUUGGACCUCUUGCUAGCUGGCUACGAGACAACGGCAACACUUAUGGGCUUGAUUGUCUACUUUCUGGGGCAUGCACCAAAUGCUUUAGAAACAUUGAAGGAAGAACACCAAGGGAUAAGGAAAUGCAAGGAGGAAGGGGAAACCUUGAACUGGGCAGAUUAUAAGAAGAUGGAGUUCACUUCCAAUGUUAUAUGUGAAGCUAUGAGAUGUGGGAAUGUAGUCAAGUUUGUUCACAGGAAAGCUCUUCAAGACAUUACAUUUAAAGAGUUUGUCAUACCCUCAGGAUGGAAGGUUUUCCCCAUAUUGACUGCAGUGAAUUUUGAUGCAACUCUCCAUGAAAAUCCCUUAGAAUUCAAUCCUUGGAGAUGGUUUGAUGAAUCAACCAGCAAAAAAGUGUCACCGUUUGGAGGUGGGCCAAGGCUGUGUCCAGGUGCUGAACUUGCAAAAGUAGAGAUUGCAUACUUCCUUCACCAUCUUGUCCUUAAUUAUAGGUGGAAAACAAAAGCAGAUGAAUAUCCACUUGCUCACCCUUAUGUGCUGUUCAGGAGAGGAUUGCAGCUGGAGAUUGACCCAAUAGAAUGACUAAUAUUGGGAAGGGGGAUCUUCAUUGUGUUUUCACCUCAAUUGUGUCCUCAAAACUCCAAGACUCUGAGCUUAUGAGCAAUAUUAUAAGCACUAAACAAGUUGUGGGUCAAUGGCACGAGAAGGGGCUUGGAUCAAAGGAACCUCCUCUGAUUGA